AGUUAAUGAUUCACUUUUUUAUGUAUCCUCACUUUAAAUUCUAGAUCCGCCACUGUCCCCAACACCCGAAAAUAUCAUUAGUACACCUACUAGUCCUCUCUCACUUUUCUUCUACAUAAAAAGAAAAAAAUAAGUUAAAAGUAAAGAAGAAACUAACUCAUCAUAUCCAAACUUCUAAAACCCAUCACACAAACCUUUUCCUUUUCCUUUUUCAUUUUCUUUCUCUUUCUCUCUAAACCCUCCAUUUUCCAUCCAUCCAAACAACACAAAAGAAAAUGUUAGAUCCAGCCAAUAAUGAUUUACUCCCACCACCUUCUUCCCCAACCAAUUCCUCCAUCUCCUCCUCCGAUCUCGACACAGAGUCUACAGGUUCGUUCUUCCACGAUCGAAGUACAACUCUCGGAACCCUAAUGGGAGUCAGUUUUCCAGCCAUUACAUUCCGAGCUCCCUCCCAACGCCACCGCGAAACUCCUUUAUCAACUUCCGCCAUUAACGGAGCAAGAACGAUGAGUGGAUCUCGAAGAAGGUCUAACAAAUCCAAUGCCACGUCAUCAUCAUCGGUUGCGGAGAGACGAAGGCGGUGGUGGAGUCUUUGCAGAGAUGAGAACGAUGCGAAACCCACGGCUUCGUUGGGAGAUUUUUUGGAGAAUGAAAGGAGAUUUGGUGACGGAGCUUUUUACGGUGCGACGGCUGAGCUUGAAGGUGUUGUUGUGGUUAAUGAUGAUGAUGAUGAUCGGAGGAGAAAUGGACGGUUGUUGUUUGCUGAUGGGAGGGUUCUUCCACCGGCUCAGACGGAGAUGGAGAUUUCUUCGUCUUCUCCGUCGUCGUCUACGGCGGCGACUGGUUUUGUUUGUGGUAGAUUUCCGGCUUCUCUUACUGGGAUCUGCUGUAGUGGCGGUGCAGGAUAACAUAUGCUGUGUCUCACUUUCUUUUUUUUUUUUUAAAUUUAAUUUUUGCUUUUUUUGGAAACAUAAAAAAAAGAAAAAAAAGAAAUUGGAUUUUGUUUUGUUUGAUUCAUUAUUCUCUUUUUUGAUGAUUAAUUAAA